UGGACAUGGAAAACUUUAUCCAAAAAGAUCCGGUGUUUUGCAAAGCGUGUGCGGUGUUCACAUGCGAGUUGACCUUCUGAAACACAUGAUCAACUUUGACGACUUUGAUCGCAUUCCAUUCCUCCCAUGGUGGGUUCUUGGCUGAUAUUCGUAUGGGUGGCAUGCCCCUGCCUCUGCGCAGCGCACCAACUUUUGGUGGGGGUCUACGGUCCGACCACGAGUUUUUCCCAAGUGCAUAUGGGCGUGGCUGUCAGUGUUGAUUUGGACCUCCGGAAAAACUUUGAGCCGGACAUCGCUGAUCGAUUUGGCCUUCCAGUUAUCGCCAUACCAAAUUUGCAUCCUCAGGCACGGACUUUAUUGAACAGCACUUUUGUGGCCAAUUCAGAUUUUUGUGCUUAGGGUUUAGCAUUUUUGGAAUGAAACAUUUGCAUGGUUUCCACGCAGCACUGCCAAUUGGAAGCUUGGGUGGCUUGCCGUUCUUCUCUGAAAUCAACCAUUGUUGUUCGACUUCCAUUGGGACAUAUUGGGCACAUUCCCAUCUUCAGUGGGUAUAUAUCUGGUCUCGCCGCUGGUCAACUCGCAGUUUUUUUGUCGGCUUUGCUCGUGUUGCGACGUGUCAGGUGGCAAAUGUUUCCUUUCGCUUGGGGACCAGUCAUUCCAAGCCAGAAGUGGGUGUAGCAACAGCGCUGGAUUUUCAAUUGGGUUUGGAUGGUGUGGUGCCCGUCGUCGGUUUGGUCGGAGGCAUUUUUUCCUCCAUUGCCAUGCCGAUUGCGAGUAUAUCAGCUGUCACACAGGUGCCACAGAUUGGGCUUGGGAGCAGCCCGCUCCUCUCAAACAAAGAUCUUUUUCCGUACUACUUGAGGACCUUUCCACCGGACACCUUUCAAGGGAAAGCCUUCUGGUCCUGGGUCUUGAAAUACGAUAUCCCUUUGGCCGUGUGCAUCUACAGCGAAGAAGCGUAUGGCAUGGGACUGUUCCAGGCCAUGAAAGAUGAAGCUCGGUUGGCAGGUGAGGAAAAUCGCAUUGGAGGUGUUGCUCUUCGUGAUAUGCCGGAAAAUUUUGUCAGGGAUGAAGCCUUGAAGGCGAUUGACGUUGCCCGAUCCUUUGGUUCACGUUUUCUGUUUCUCUCCGCCAAUGUGGGCGGGACGACCAAUCUUCUUCCUGUGCUCGAAGAGGCGGGCAUGCUGGGGAGCAAUUGGCAAGUUUUGGCCUCUGAAACGGCACUGUCCUUCGAGCGUUUUCCUGUUGGUUUUAUGAGAUGGAAACCAGUCAGCAGAGGUCUAAGGUUUGAAGCAUUUCGAAGCCACUGGGCGAGAAUGAGAGCCGAUGAUGUGGUCUCUGCACAAUCAAGGGGCCGCUAUAAGAUUGACAAGUUUCGAAUCAGUCUGGAUGAAGCGGUUGUUCCGCCCAUUGCAGAUGCUAUUUUUUCCGAUGCGGAUGCAUCUUUGGAUGUCUAUUCCACCUUCUACUUUGAUGCCUGCUACGCCUAUGCUUUGGCUGUCAAUGAGCUGCUGAACAAGGGCACUCCCCUUGCCGAAAUAAAAGGCAAAAAGUUGCUGGACCAGCUACUUGUCACAGAGUUUGAAGGAACAUCAGGGUUCGUCAGUUUUGAUGGGAAUGGUGACCGUAGGGCAGCCGCUUUCGAGUUGGAAAACAUGCAGCCAGACGGUUGGAAGUUGGCAGGCAUCUUCAGCACAUCCAGUAAUCAGUUGACUGUGGAGAGAGGCCCCUACUGGAUGGAUGGAUCCAGAACUGGAGUUCCUCCUCCCGCUCUGAUGAGCUGCCCUGCUGGCUACCAAGAAGAGUCGAGGCGCUGUGAGCCAUGCCCACGGGGCUUCCAAUGCCCAAAUGGCUUGCCAGAACUGUGCCAUAAAGGGCAUUUCUCCAACGUCACGGGUUCCGCUUCGUGCAGUCCAUGUGACAAGGGCAGCUUCUCAGCGGACUUGGGCGCGACCCAGUGCACGAAAUGCGUUCCGGGAUUCUUUGCCAACAGGUCCGGGAUGGAGCUCUGCGAGCGGUGCCCAAAGGGAAGCUACACACCCUUCUCUCAAUCAGAGUCCUGCAUCGCCUGCAAAUUUGGGCAAGUGACCGAAGAGAGCGGAGCACAAUCCUUCUCAGAAUGCCGUUGCGGCGCUGGUUAUUUCAUUUGCAACACCAGUGUACGGCCAGUUGGUUGUGUGCCUUGUCCUGAAGGUCUCCUAUGUGAAGGUCUGGGGCUGCCUGUGCAUCAGCCCGGGUUCUGGGCUUCAGAUGUUUCAUCUUGCAACUUCCGUGUGCUACGCUGCAGAGAUGAAUUGCAAUGCCCAGGAGGUCGGCCUUUGGGCGAGUGCGCAGAUGGACGUCAAGGGCUCGCGUGCAACAACUGCAAGGCGAAUUAUUUUCCACAGGAUUCUGGCACAUGUGCUGAGUGUACAUCCGUCGACUUGCUUCCAGCCAUCCUUGGUGGAUGUAUCGUGCUGAGUCUUUUCCUGUUGUUUGUGCGGCUCUUGCAUGGGUAUGUCGACCAACUGAGCCUCAACACGCUCACGGUGGCAGCAGUUGGUGGUCAAUUGGUGACCGCUGUGCAGGCCUUGACCUCCAUCCAACAUCUGCGUGUGGAAUGGGUCCAACCGGUUCAAAGACUGAUCCGCUUGUCAAAACUUGUCGCAUUUGACUUGGACGUGGUGAAAAUAUCCUGCAUCUAUGGCGAGGAUAGUCCCACCUUGAAGUUGGUUGGGAAACUCUCCAUCUUCCCGCUGUUUGUAGGGCUUCUUGGCAUAGCUUGGUGCUUUCGGAAGCUGCAAGGCCGACGCCAGCCAGCCAUGCUGAAUGAUGAUACUUUCAACCUAUGUGGAACUCUGGUAUUUGCACUCUUUAUCUCUGUAACCUUGGCUCUGCUGGACCCUUUUCAAUGUGUGGCUAACCCCGAUGGAUCCAGCUCGAUGUUGUCAAACCCAGGCAUUCUUUGCUUCAACUCGGGGGAGCACACCAUUUUACUCCUUCUUUCCAGCCUUGGAAUCCUCGCUUACCCUGUGUCCAUCCUCGCUUGGACCACAUACACCAUACUUAUGUACCCCUCCAGAGUGAAAUCAGGUGUUGGGCUGCAAUUGGUGUAUCGCCAUCAUUUUGUCUUCCAGCGAUUCAGACCAGAACGCUACUACUAUGGCUUGCUGCUGCUCAUUCGAAAUGCUUUGCUGGCGGUGCUGCCAGUGAUGCUUACCACCGUCCCUGAAGUUCAGGGAGAGAUCAUGGGGGCGCUUUUGCUGACCAGUGCUGCAGUACAAGCUCGGCUCUGGCCAUGGCGUGCAGAUGUGGCCAAUUACACUGACCUCAUGAUUACAUCUUUGCUUCAAAUCUUGCUACUUGGAAUUUCGCCCUUGAUCCACCGGGACAGAGCCAGAUCAAUUCAAAUGCUGGGCUGGUUGCUGGCCUUUGCCGUGUUGAGCCCAUUCCUUUGUGGUCUCAUCGUCCUAAGCUACGCUUUGUGGGGCUACGUCCGGCCACCAAUCCCCUUCGGAAUCUUCUUGUGCUAUGACAAGGGAAGUGCUGGCAGCCUUUGUCGUCUUCUGAAGCUCUUGAUUUCUGCACACAGCGAUGCCGGCAUUUUUUUGGACGUCGACCAGCUCGACGACUUGGAUUCCAUCUUCGAUGUGAUCCGAGUCAAAACCAAGAGCGUGGUGGUUGUCCUCACACCCGAUUUCCUCAAGCAGUUGUGGUGUGCCGGUGAAGUGGUGACUGCCCUGAAAAACAGGGUCCGAAUCGUGCCUGUGAAGUGUGAUGACUAUGUCCCACCCACGGAUGAGAUGCUUCAGAAGCUGGGGGACCAUUGGACGCCAGAGCAGAAACAAAUUUUGGCCUUCCAUGGGAUCGGCCUUAGAGAUGUGCAGAGAGCUCAAGGGUGGUUGCAUCAACUGCCAAGCCUGCACUUGUCUCGCUACGGGUCUCAAGAGCAACUCGAAGCGGUGGUUUUAGAGAUGCUUCAGCUGAGCCAGGUUUCCACGAAACUCUUUGGUCCAAGUUCGGAAGGUGAGAGGGGAGGAUACCGCAAAGCGCGCAUCCUCAUUACGGGCUUGGUGACUGAUGCCGAGGCACUAGCAACCUUGAAAGUGUUCCAAAUCUUGGUGUUGAGGCACAUGCGCAAAGAAUGCGUUGUGGUUCACUCAUACCGGGAAUUGAUGGCAUAUAGACCAUGGUCCUACUAUUUAGUGGUGCUUUUGGCCAAAGGCCUGCUGCGGGAUCCCAGUUUUGCAAAGAUCUUGCUCAGCCUAUACCUGGAAACGGAAGAAAAGAUGGACCGACAGUUGGAGAUCAUCACUGUGAACGCUGACGAGAACUUCGAAUUUCCCAGUGUGGAGUUCUUGAAUGAGUUGGAGAAUGGGCUUGGAAGGGAGCUAGGCAUCGGCUUGGAACUUGGCGUGUACCUCUCUGCAGCCUAUCGCUCCUUGCUGAAUGUUUUGGCUCUUCCUUUGUCACCUUUGGGGUCCGAGAGGCUUCUGGAGCAGCAGGUCUUGGAAAUUUGCCGCCGCUUCCGCCGCUACAAGAACCUGGUGUUCUCGCUGGCGUUGGACGACCAGGACGAUUUGCAAGUGGAGGGUGAUGGCGUAUCUCCGCAGGAGCUGGCUUCACGGCUGGCAGACAUUGGUGGUGACUCGAUGGACAUUUUUACUUCUUCCCAGGUCAAGAAACAAUUCUUCUCGACCAUGAGGCAGUUGACCUGGACAGAGGCAGGCAACGUGGUCUUCGAAGGAAAUGAAGUGGCCUUGGAGAGCAAUCUCUUCGGGCGGCUGGUGUCAGAUGAAGGAGAACGAAGUUCUUCAGGAGAGGGCGACUUCCAUGAAGGUCAUUGGAGUCCUGAUUGGCCGAAGUCAAAGCUUCAGCUUGCCAUCCGAGAAGAGUUGGAAGGGUCCAUGGCUGAUGCGUGGAAUCCGGACUGGCCAAUUGAAAGGGUACGGAAGAUCUGAGCUUGAGUUGGCUUUCCAGUUUCGUGAAUGCAAAAGAACUGACACAUCGACACAUCGACACAGUUUAAAGUGGGAAGCUGCAGUCUCUCGAGUUGAAGAGUCGCUUUUUGAAUCUUUGUUCAUCAAUGUGAAUGUACCUGCUCCAUCCUGUUCCUGAAAACAUGUUGCGGCUCGGAACAUGUGGC